UAAUAAGUGCCACUGCUAGAGCAAAUCUUCUCUGAUUGAAGGCCUCGGAGAGCAAAGGCCUACUGGCGCCACAGCGCGCUCGAUUCGCUACUUUUGUUUUCGUGCUUUGGAUGUUUACAGAUUAAAUCGGUCCCGUAACGCGCCGAUUUAUUUCGCUAUUUUACCGGGAUGCUAUUCAGAUACGAAACGCCACGUGAAUCAGUCGCUCUGGUCUGAAUGGAAAGUAUGAUUUUUCUCAUCGUGUUGAAUCUGCCGAGCCGAACUCCGCGCUGACCAACAUGCGCGCUACUUCCUUGUUAGUGAGUCGGUGUGAGAGGGCGACGAGAAGUUUGAGCCCCGCGUAAGUAUGUGUGGAUUUAGCUAACGUUUUCGAUGGGAUCUUCCCUUUGGAAAACACAGGCGCAGAAAGCGAGCCGUUUUUAACUCGUCACCGGGAGGACCGCGCUAUCCGGGCCAUGGAGGCGGAUUUAAAGGCUGUUGUGAGGCGGAUCUGCUAAGUUAGCACAGGUUGGCUAACGCAAUCUCUUCAUCGUAUGCGCGGAACUGGAUUACAACUCGAGGCUUUUAUUGACUUCUCCGUGGCGUUUUAGGGAUUUAUCCGGUUGAUGCGCGUUGGGCUGGUCGGAUGCGAUGGAUUCGGAGUGAUCUGGACGGGAACGCUCGCUGUGUGAACGCUAGCGGUGCUAGAACGGCGCUUAAAGUGGGUUUCAAAUGUUUUGCUUUGUUUAACGCCGGGGAUUGAGACGCGAGCGAUAAAAGUGGGAUAUUAAAUGCCGAACCCAGAGAUCGUUCCCCGCGAGGGCCGGGGGAGAAGCCCGCCGCCGCAGAGCAGUCAGAGGGAGGCGAAGCGGAGCAAGAGCCGCCGCGAGCGGCACCGGGAGAAGCGGCGCUCCUCGUCCUCCUCCUCCCGGAGAAAGAAGCACAAGCACGGCUGGGAGAAGCAGCAGCAGCAGGCGCCGUGGCAGCAGCAGGACGUCGUUUACGACGGCGAUGUUCGGACUUUGGUGGAGUACGACGACGUGAGCUCGCAGUCCGAGCGCUUCUCCGGCAGCCCGUCGCCCAGAACCGGCACGCCGUCCGUGAGCGAAGCCGAGCUCCAGGACUCCAGCUUCACGCCGGGCAGGAGCGAGCACGACUCCUCUCGGAGGAGAGACGAGAAGCAGACGAAGAGGAACCGCUCCAACCGGGACCGGGACGCCGCGCUGAAGUCCCGCGGCGGCGUGAGGAACCACGACAGCAACGGCAGGAAGCCUUCGUCCGCGGCCCAGGCGGACAAAAAAGAUUCCAAGCGACUUAAAAGCAAGUCCAAGUCCGAGAAGGACCCUCCUUCCGCGUACAGGGAGCCGCCGCAGGCUUACCGCGACGACUACUGGCGGAGCAGCCCGAGCUUCAAGGCGGCGGAUAACGUCAGUCCCUUCGCGACGGCGUACUCUUACGGAUACCAGUCUCCUAACACAAACUACCCGUUCAUUUCCCGGAGGAGCCCCGCUAAGAGGCCGUCUCCGAGCUCGACCUGCUACUCCCGGGAUUCGGAGCUGUACGGCGCCUAUAACGCCUCGAAGUCCCCGAGCUCGUACUCCGGUAAGAGGAAGCGCUCCCCGGGCAGCCCGUACUGGCGCCGGUCCCCGAGCUACGGCCGACACAGUCCCUACGAGCAGAGCGAGGCCCCCCGCUCCAGGAGCCCCUACAGAAAGUCCCUGAGCCCCAGUCCGGACGCCAGGCGGACGGGAAAGUCCCGCAGCAGGAGCCCGUACCAGUCCUCGCGUCAUUCUCGCUCGUGCAGCCGUCACAGACACUCUCGGUCCCGGAGCCGGCCCUCCAGCCUGUCCCCCAGCUCUCUGACCCUGAAGAGCAGCCUGGCCGCCGAGCUCAGCAAGCAGAAGAAGGCCAAGGCCGCCGAAGCCGCCCGCGUCAAGAGCUCCAGCAACACCUCCACCCCGACCAAGGGCUCGUCGUCGUCCUCCGGCGCUCCUCAGCCCAGCCCCGUCACCAACCACACGGCCAAGAAGACCCGGCCUCCCUCGCCGCCGCCGCCUGCCGCCGAGAAAGGGCCCCGGACCCCGGUGUCCAGUCAGCCACAGUCUCCUGUGGAUCGACCCGCCAAGAGGAGCUCGGAUGCCUCGCAGGCCGGCAGGGAGGCCAAGCUCAAGGACGACAAAAAGAAAGGAGGACAGUCCCUGCAGGUUAAAGACAAGGACAGAGAGAAAGCGGCUGCUCCGGCUGUAGCUCCUCUUCCUCUGGCAGCCAACAACCUGGAUCAUCCGGAUGCAAGCGACAGCAUCUUGAAGGAGUCUUCGGCGAUCCCAGGGAAGAAGAAACCCGAAAGGAAAGCCCGUCACCUCCUCGCAGACCUUCCUCUUCCUCCAGAGCUCCCGGGCAUCACCCCCGGGUCGCCCCACAGCCCGCCCGACGACAGGAAGACGGCCACCCCGCGGAAGAGACCGAAGAUAUGCGGUCCACGCUUCGGAGAGAUCAAGGAGACGGAGAUAGACUGGGGAAAGCGCUGCGUUGACAAGUUUGAAAUAAUUGGGAUCACCGGAGAAGGUACUUACGGACAGGUGUACAAAGCCAAGGACAAAGACACUGCCGAGUUGGUGGCCCUCAAGAAGGUCCGUUUGGACAACGAAAAGGAGGGCUUUCCGAUCACGGCCAUCAGGGAGAUCAAGAUCUUGCGGCAGCUCAACCACAAGAGCAUCAUCAACAUGAAGGAGAUCGUCACCGACAAGGAGGACGCUUUAGACUUCAAAAACGACAAAGGGGCGUUUUACCUGGUCUUCGAGUACAUGGACCACGAUCUGAUGGGCCUGCUGGAGUCGGGCCUGGUGCACUUCAAUGAGAGCCACAUCAAGUCUUUCAUGAGGCAGCUGCUGGAAGGACUGGACUACUGCCACAAGAAGAACUUCCUGCACAGGGACAUCAAGUGCUCCAACAUCCUGCUCAAUAACAAGGGUCAGAUCAAGCUGGCGGAUUUCGGUCUAGCUCGUCUGUACAACUCCGAAGAGAGUCGGCCGUACACCAAUAAAGUGAUCACUCUGUGGUACCGGCCGCCCGAGCUGCUGCUGGGAGAAGAGCGCUACACGCCCGCCAUUGACAUGUGGAGCUGCGGGUGCAUUCUGGGAGAGCUCUUCACGAAGAAGCCCAUCUUUCAGGCCAACCAGGAGCUGGCGCAGCUCGAGCUCAUAAGUCGAAUCUGUGGCAGCCCUUGUCCCGCCGUUUGGCCAGACGUGAUCAAGCUGCCCUACUUCAACACCAUGAAACCAAAGAAACAGUACCGGAGGAGGUUAAGGGAAGAGUUCGCUUUUAUUCCUCUGAUGGCCCUGGAUUUGUUCGAUCACAUGCUAGCGCUGGACCCGAGCAAACGCUGCACCGCAGAGCAAGCUCUCAGAAGUGACUUCCUCAAAGACGUGGACCCUGCCAAGAUGCCUCCGCCCGAUCUCCCUCUGUGGCAGGACUGUCAUGAGUUGUGGAGUAAGAAGCGGCGCCGGCAGAAGCAGAUGCCGGAGGAGCUGAGCGCUCCCAAAGCCCCUCGGAAGGAGCUGGGCCUGGACGACAGCCGCAGUAACACGCCUCAGGGCUUCCCGGCCGCCGGAGCACACAAAGGGCCGAGCGCAGCCGCCGCCGCAGCCCUGCUGGACCCCAAAGCUCCGAACUCUCAGCUGACUCAAGAACAGCUGGCUGUGCUCCUGAACCUCCUGCAGUCUAAAAGCGCUCCGGGAGGAUCGGCGCCGGCCGCGGGCUCCAAGACGAACCCGGAGCCGCUGCAGCAGCUGACGCAGGCCGUGCCCCCCGGCCCUCCGGAGUCCGAGCGGCCCCCGGAGCCGCCUCCGCUCCCCAAAGUCUCCAAGCCCCCUCAGCCGCCCCGAACGCCGCCCAUGCCCAAGCCGCCCUCGCCUCCUUCCCCACAGCCGCCGGCCAAGAGCGAGGGAGAGGCGUCGGCCGCCGCCACGCAGACCGCCGUCACCAUGCUGCUCGCUCAGCUGCUCAAAGUCCAGCAGGGAGAGGUCAUGGGCUUCGAGGGGCCCGAGGGAGGCGUCUCGAACGCCGCGGGCCCCCCGGAGCCACCGCCUGAGCCCAGCCCUGUGUCUCCAGCUGAAGUCAGCGGCUCGUCCUCCAGGCCUCUAGAGCCUCUCUCCAUUCUCCCUCCGGACCAGAGACCCCCAGAGCCCCCGGAGCCGCCUCCGUGCGCAGACCUGGACUACCGGCAGGCCCCCGAGCCCAACCCGGCCCCGCCGUCCUCUGCGGCCCCAGGCGGAGCCCCCAGACCCCCGGAGCCGGACUUCAGCCGGCCCCCGCCGCCGUUCGGCGUCGCAGACAGCUACCUCGGCCACAUGCUGCCCCCUCAGCCUCCGCUCGGCCCCGAGGCCUUCGCUCACGGAGCCGGGGCCGUGUUCAGCGGAGACAAGGACCAUCGCUUCGAGUACAAUCACAGCGGGCCGCCGCCGCCCUCCGUUCCUCCUCCGGGCCAAGCCUGGACUUCUCCCUCCCAGUCCCUCCCGCUCGGGUAUGUUCCUCACGUGAACACAGCCGCGCUCCGCGGAAGAGGACUGCCCUUUUGACGGGAUCCAGACCAACUCCCAGGCGCCUCGGAAAAGGACGACUCUGUGGUAGGUGAUGCGCGGGGCAAUUUUUUGAGCAGCGACGUACUUUAGGAUAAGGUUAGUUCCCCAAAAAUUACAAUUUUGCCUUUAAUUACUCUCUCUUUCGUGCGCAGCACCUUUGUUCGUCUUCGAGACGCAAAUUAAGAUAUUUCUGAGGAAUUCCGAAACCGGGCUCUGCGUAGACGGCAAUGCAAUUAAAAUGUUGCCGAAACGUAGAGAAGCACAUCGAUUAAACGGUCCCCAGUGACUCGAGGAUACUUCUUGUGCGUGCAAAGACAACGCAAAUAGCAUCAUUUAUUCAACAAUUCUUCGACUUACUGUCUUCCAGCAUUUUGGAGAGUGCCCCAGAGCGUGAUCAGCACUGUUGUAUGCGCACGCAGGAUGUAGUUUUCUUUGCACACAGGAAGCUGAAAGUUGAGCCACCGACGGUCUGUUUUAUGGUUUCUGGACCUCGUGUAGCAUGGCCGUCCACGCAGCGCUCGGCUUUCUUCAGAAUAGAUGUGUGUCCCGAAGUCGAGCGAGCGGCAGAUUUGAAACGAGAGCGACGACAGAAUUGUAAUUUUUGCGGCGCACUAACCCGUUAACGUCGCUGGCCACGAGCGAGCGGCUGAGAUCUCAAGGAUCCUGAUAGAAAUGCGGCGUUUCUCAAAAAGAGCGGAAUCGCUCGCAGUUUCCCCGCGUAUCACCGGCCCAAAAGACGCACGCAGUUGCCCUCGACCAGCACUAAGAGUCUCUGAACUCGAUUUCUAAGAACCCCGAGGGCACUGGAGGAACGGCUCGGAGGGACGGACUGCUGGGAUGGGAAUUUUUGCGUUUCCCGCUCGUACCAUUUCAUAGAGCUGUUUUGGUUUCCCCCUUCGAUUUGAUUUUUUUUUUGUAAUCUAUUCUACUGCUGUCUUUUAAAUUAAAACCGUACCUUUUUUGAGUGUGCAUUUACCGCGCCGGGGUAAGUGUUUUUAUGACCUUAGCGUCUCCUUUAACUGCGUAAGGACAGACUAGUAUUAUGAUGUUUUGCACUACUGAAUAAAGUAGGUGGAAACAAGCGGACGAGUGAUGGAGUAAUGUGCUGUAUCUGCACACGUACACGACCAGUGAUGGAAGUCGUUUUCUUUUUACUCUUUCUUUCCCUUUUUUGGUCAGUUUUGGUUUUUUUUGUUGUUUUUUUUCCUUCCUUUCUAAUGAUUCAACAAUUAUGGGCUCUGUCGCUAGGGUUAAUUCACUGGAGGGGCUUUUAAAGGACUCCAGAGAGACUGGUAGCACUUCUCGAUUGAACUGGUGAAUCUACUGAACGAGUGAACGGAUCAAAGCUGUGUUUCUCACCGGUUCCCCACCAGCUCUUGUCUAUAGCCAUUGUAAAAUUGAAAGUAAAGAGACCUUUAACUGAUUUCGAGGAGAUGAGCAACAAUGUCUUUUUUUUUUUUUUUUUUUUUUUUU